AACUUCUAUCAGAAAUGUGAACAAACCCAGUUCGGGAGAACUGUUGCAGAAAAGACAUAGCAAUGUUUUCGGUAUUAUUAACAUUUGGUCUCAUUCCAGCUGUAUUGUCUACGACGACUCACCAUCCUCAUCACACAAGGCCGCAUGCGCACCAUCUUGUUAACGAAGGCUUUGCUUUUCAUUACGAUCAUACAACGCACAUCUUGGCCUUGACAAUCACUGGCCGCCAUCACUGUUAUCUCUAUGUGUUAUCUGCCAUUGAACAGCAAAGCGUCCAUACAAGUGCUGGUCUCCAUGCUAUUGAGAAAAAUAUGAUAGACCUUGUGGAUUCGCAUACAUCUACUGCAACCUUCAACUUCCAUGAUCUUAAUCAACUCAGCCACAAUCUACGUGUGUUUUGUGGGCAGGUCCCGGCAGUCAAACUAAACUAAAUGUGACAUUCAACAUUUAACAAAUGUGAUAGUUUUGUCAAAUAAAGUCUGCAUAUUCUU